GCGGUGUGGCUGGUGUGGGUGCGCGCGGUGUGGCCGGGGUCCGGCCGGCGCUGCGGCCCCGCGGGGACAUGGCCGAGCCGGGACCCGGCCCCAGCCGAGCCCGGGAGGAGGAGCCGGGCCCCGCCGGCAAGGAGGAGGAGGCACCGGCCCCCAAGAAACGGCGGCUGGCGGGCGGCGAGCGUUACGUGCCGCCGCCGCGGAAGCUGAACGCCGGCGUGAGCUUCGGCGCCGAGCACUUCGCCGAGACCUCGUACUACUUCGAGGGCGGCCUGCGCAAGGUGCGCCCCUACUACUUCGACUUCCGCACCUACUGCAAAGGGCGCUGGGUGGGCCGCAGCCUCCUGCACGUCUUCGGCACCGAAUUCCGAGCGCAGCCCCUCGCCUAUUACCGCGCCGCCGCCCGCGCCGGCCGCCUGCGCCUCAACGAGGAGCCCGUGCGCGACCUGGACAUCGUGCUCAAGAACAACGACUUCCUCAGGAACACGGUGCAUCGGCACGAGCCGCCGGUCACUGCGCAGCCCAUCCGCAUUCUGGCAGAGGAUGAGGAGGUGGUGGUGGUGGACAAACCCUCGUCCCUGCCUGUCCACCCCUGCGGCAGGUUCCGGCACAACACGGUCAUCUUCAUCCUGGGCAAGGAGCACGGCCUGCGGGAGCUGCACACCCUGCACCGCCUGGACCGCAUGACCUCGGGCGUGCUCAUGUUCGCCAAGACCGCGGCCGUGUCCAAGCGCAUCGACGAGCAGGUCCGGCAGAGGCAGCUGGAGAAGGAAUAUGUCUGCCGAGUGGUGGGGGAGUUCCCAGAACACGAGGUGGUCUGCGAAGAGCCCAUCCUGGUGGUUUCCUACAAGGUCGGUGUUUGUCGUGUGGAUCCCAAGGGGAAGCCCUGCCAAACCCUCUUCCAGAGGCUCAGCUACAACGGCAGCACCAGCGUGGUGAGGUGUCUGCCACGCACGGGCCGCACGCACCAGAUCCGCGUCCACCUGCAGUUCCUGGGGCACCCCAUUGUCAACGAUCCCAUCUACAACAUGGAGGCGUGGGGCCCGGACAGGGGCAAGGGCGGGAAGAUCGGGAAGACGGAUGAGGAGCUCCUGAAGGCACUGGUGGAGGAGCAUCGUUCCAAACAGAGCCUGGAGGUCUUGGGUAUUGGGGAGGAGGACUUGAACUCCAGUGGUGAAAGUAAAGACUCUGGGAAUUCAGGUGACUGCACAAAGUCUGCAGAGGCUGAUCCUAUAAAUGGGAAUUCUUGCCCUGGUGAGGACGAAAAGAAUCCCAAGAGGUUUGUGAAGGAUCCCGAGAGGAAUCAUGUAGCAGCUUGUCCGCUGAACUUUGAUAUCAACCUGGAAAUGCCUGAUAAAGACAAAGAACUCGGUUUGUGUGGGAAUCAGGAUGGACAAACAGGGGAGAAGGGUUGGGAAGAGAAGGACCCUUUGUGUGUGGAGUGCAGGACGAGCAGGCGGGACCCUUCUCCCAAGGAGCUGGUGAUGUUCCUGCACGCCCUGCGCUACAAGGGAGCGGACUUUGAGUACUGCUCCAGCAUGCCCGAGUGGGCCACGGAGGACUGGGAGGAAUGAGCAGGAUACCCAGCACCUGUGGAUGCUGCUGGCCGGGAGAGCAGCGUGCAAAGACCAAAGAUUGACUUUUCAUUGUGGUUGAGGUGAACAAAGUGUGCCUUGAGCUGGGGUGGGAGGGAUCAGUGGGGCUGGAGAACUAUCCCGGCUUCCCACAGGUGCUGCGAAAGAUGAGCAGGGAAAUGAGGCUAAAACAGGAGUUUUAUGUUGCCCAUCAGUGAACUGACGCUUGAAGGCAACAAGGACCGAACUCUGCUCGGCAUGGGCAGCUUUGCCUUCACCUCAAAGGACUCAGGAUCAGUUAUCCACAUGGAUAAUGAAGUGCAUGCACUAAAAGUCAAAAAUUGAUUUUUCUUCCAGCCUGCUGUGUUCCUGUGUCUUACAGUAAGAGCUCCUGGAUGUCAUGUCAUAAAAAACCCUAUUUUUACAGUAUUUUAUUGUCAGAUUGAUUUCAAAAUUCCGAGAUUAUCCCUGAGAACGCUGCGAGGUAAAACCAGAACACUGUAAUCUGUUUUGUGCCUGCUGUUUGUCAGCAAGAUCCACUUGCCUUUGAAAUUACCAAUAUUCAUUCAAAUAAUUACUUAAGUUAGUAGUUCUGGGUGCAGAUACUCGGCAGUUUUGGAGGUGCUAGUCCCCGGAUUUUGUCUUGAAGAGAUUUUUUAAUAUCACUUCAAUGUGACAAUCAUCUUUCAAAAAAAACAAAAGCUGUUUUAUGAAGCAGAAGACUUUUUAAAAAAUAAUUUUAUAUCAGUAUAUUUCCAGAACGGUAAGUGUCACCAUAGUUCUUAUUUUCACCAGCAUUUACACAGUCAAUUCUUGGCUUCUGGGAGGGUUUUUAUAUCAAUUUUGGAGAUCUCAGGUUGGCCAGCCCACAGGAAUUAGUACCUUCCUUCUAAAAUCACUUGAUGAUGUCACCAGGGUCAGGACAUGGCUACCAAACCACAAUAAACCAGUGUUUGCUUCCAGUAGCUCAGAGGAGCCCAGUGAUGUCUUUCUGUGCUGGGUCAUCCAGCUGAUGUUGAAUAUUUCCAUAAAAAUUCACUCCAAUUUGAGCUUUGCUCUUCUACAUCCUGCCAAACGUUUCAUGAUUCUAAUUUAAUUCCAGAUAUUUAGAAAGAUGAUGCUAAAAAUCAGCAUUAUACCAUUUUUUGCUGCAUUGGAAUACACGUUUCAUGGAAAUAAAUGGAACCUGGGGACCUUCAGUGGAUAAAAAAAGGGUGGCUGGAGCUGUUACUGGAUUUGGAUGCAGGGGAAAGGGGGUAGAUUUAGGGGUGGCAGUUAGAUUAGACUUUGAGGUGUCCGAGGUUAUGUUGGGAGGUUUUUUGGUAAGAAAUUUCUGUUACAAAAAAAGCCUCUGGCAGUGAUUUUCCUGACUGAAAUUGGGCUAGAGGGCCUGAUGAGGAACUGGAGCUCAGCACUGCUUUUUCCCCUUUUCCUGGAAUGGUGGCUGCAGUUGGCAACUUCUAAUUUCCUGGUUAAGAAACUCCUGGGCUUCUGUUUCCAAAAUUCUUUGAACACUGAAAAUUUAGGGUUUAUUUCACAAGGAUCCUACCUCUAAUUGCAUUUUAAUUAAUUUUAUUUUAUUUAAAGUCAAAAUAGUGUCUGAUGUUUUAUUAGCUGGAAAAACAUUGCUCUUGGAGGUUCCCUGUGAUAAAUUCCCAUCUGAGGCUGGGUCAGGUAAAUACUGGGUCCUUGUUGUAGGCGUAAAGCUUUCCAUACAAUGUGUAGGUCCUGGAAGAAUUCCUUUCUUUAGUAUGCCUUUACUUGGAUACGCCUUGGCAGUGCUGGGUUGGGGUUUGGACUUGAUCUUGAAGGUCUUUUCCAUCCUAGAUGAUUCUAUAAUUCUGUCUUUAUCAGGAGAACGUGUAUCUCACUGUGCUAAAGCACUUUUCCAUACAAAUAAACCCUCCUGGCAAACUUC